UCAACAUGGAGAACAUAACAGACUUUGUCCGGUGGUCUUUAAUUUAAAGGUUUUCCUAAUUUUUCCCGUUUCUAAUGUUACAUGUCACGUCAUCUGUGAAGAAACUAGAUAUUUAAUCAUCGUGACCUUUGAUUACCUCUAUCGUGCGCAGUCGUUCCGAGAAAUAUGAUGAAAUAAGAAAUUACACGGAAUUAGUGAGAAGCGAUUGACGGCAUUGAUUUCUCGUAAUGACUAAAUGUUCGAAGACAGGGUUCUAAAUUUAUCUUGAUUUAUCAAAAGCGAUCUCAUGAUUUGGACUGCAGAAGCGUAUUGUGUGUAUCGUGAAAGACGCGUGUACAACUGAUAGUUCUAAAUGCGUCAGUUACUCCUUGUGAGCACUUGUUAAUCAUCAGUAGACAUCAGCCGUAUAGCUGCGUGUAAAUAAUGGAAUUAAUCGAGAUAAGCGGUACGUUCUUCUCGCACUGGGUAGAGAGUUCUUCUUCAGAUAUAAAACUGCAUAGAGAGGACUCCAAAACGUCCAAAGGAUCCAGAAAAUUAUCAAGAUCGAGAAAAACAUCUAGACAAGAUUCGAGAACUUCUGUCUCUAAACUCUACUUACCAAAAGCAAGAUAUUCUGAGGAUGAAUUUAAAGAAGCCUUACAAAUGUGGAUACAGCAUCCAGAGCACGAGGAAACCAUGCAGUUGAAGAAACUAGUUAGACAAGGUGUCCUUCCCAAACUCAGAUCUGAGCUGUGGAAGGAUUCUAGCGGUGGAGCUGACAUCGUUUUUAACUCUCCUCACUAUUAUGAAGAAAUGAUUGAUGACAUAGGUGAGCUAUCAGUCAUUGUCUCAACAUUACUGUGUUACAGUGAAAAUUAAUGAUUGUGGGCAGGAUCAACAAAAAAAAAAGCAGCAGUAACCAGAGACAUGUUCAGAGUCACAGUGGAGAAACAUAAUUUUGACCUCUUGCAUGCAAGCAGGCAUCCUACAAGAUAAGACUGAUCUUUCUGUAGAUUUCAAGGUCUUUUUCUUUAUAUCUUCAACCUUGAGACUUGUGAUGUUUGUCAAAUUCACUUACAAACACUUUCUUUGUUUGAACUUUUGUAGACUGACUGACACAAAAAAUUUGGUUGUUUCAUUGACUGACUGGCUGACUGUCAGGUUGCCUGACUGUCUGUCUGGCUGCCUGACUGACUGUCUGGCUGCCUAACUUACUCUCUGGCUGGCUGACAGACCAACUGUCUGGCUGACUGACUGACUGACUGACAGAGGGAUGGGGUAUGGUUAAGCUUCCUUUGCAAACUUUAUCUCAACCAUACCAAAUGUAAAAGGAUGACUUUUUCAGCAUUAUUUUAUGAGGAGCAAAGUCUCUGUAUGUGACUCUAAGAUCAUUGUCUUGAGACUGACUGAUUGAUGAUGUAACCACUGUUUUGCAGGUAUUCAAGUACCCUCCAGUAUACCUUCAACAAUUUUUAGUGGCAACAGAAAUGUUCCUUCAUACCUAUUAUCACCAGAUGGAGAGAAGACCUGUCUAAAAGUCCUUUAUAUCUUGUCUCACAUGCACCCUGAUAUCCAAUUUGCUCCUUUAGUUCCACCAUUAACAUCUCUUUUCCUUCAUUUCAUGGAGGAAAAUCUUUGUUAUACUUGUAUGUCUGCUUUAGUGAAUUCUCACCGCUCUAUGUUGGAUCAAAGUCAGAGGGCCUUUGCUGUGAUGGCAAAGACAUUUCAAGAUUCUUUGAAGUCUUAUUUUGUAAGUUGAUUUGUCAAUGGGUAUUGCUAAAACUUUUGCACAAGGCCAUUGGAUGAUUUUUUAAAUAUUUGAAAACUAUGUGAAAAAUUUUGUGUUGAGAUUGGUACAAAUUAUUUUCUUUAGAUUUUUAUAUGGUUUUAGCCCUUCACACCCUAACACCAGUAUGCAUAUUCUCCACACUGUUCUCUGUACAUUUACUAAUAUGCUGACAAGGAGAAUUUUUCUAGCAAUCAAGAGUUUCUUUAGUUGGUGAUCAUUUCCAUUAUUCUCAUGACAUUACUGUGUGAUUUAGUGGUGAUAUUGUUGGGAGAAAUUAGAUGCUAGUCACUUUUAGGGGUUGAAGGGUUAAUGGUACUGUUUGUGUAUUGCCUAGGGUUGAAAAUGAAUAGUUUAAAAUGAAGUUUAGAUUGAAUUGUUUUUAACCCUUUCUCUCCCAAGAUCUCAUUAGUGAUACUCCUUACUGUCUGCCAUACAAUUCUUAUGAUUUAGGGUGGGAGAAUUUGGUAUUGAAUCAACUAAUAAUCCCUUAAUUGAUAUUUUUCAUUAUUCUCAUUACUUAUCUGCUUGAUAUAGUAUUAAUAUUAUAGGGAGAAAUGCUGUCCUAGUCUUUUCCUUUGCUUCAUAUACAUUGCAAUAAUCCUUAAACAAAGGAAAAAAAUCAAACCAGUUUGAAAUAAUUCUAGUUUAAACUACUACAUAACCAUUUAUGAUUGUUCCUGUUUUUUUUUUUUUGUUCUUGAUUCUAUGAACACAGAUGCCAUCUUACAAACAGAUCAAGGAAUUUAUCGAAACAGCAAAGGGAGAACAGUUGCGUAAAAACACUAUUCUUAUUCCUGAUUGGCUAAUCUGGAUGUUCCAUUACAUUGAUUUUUGGACACUGGUAGGUGCAGGGUUUUGUUUUUGUCAAAGUUUCUGCAUGACAUCAAUAAGUUUAAAUAAAAGAAUUUGUCUUUUUGUGAGCACUUAGUUCAGUGUAAUUUUUUUUGUCUUUUUUUAGGUCUACAUUGUUGAUAGUUUUGUUGUCCAAGGACCCAAAGUUUUUGUGCGUGUUGGUUUGAUUGUAUUCAGUCAGUUUGCAAAGUUUAUUGAACAAGAAGGUACUUUGAGCUAUUGAUUAUAUUGAUACAAAUUAAUUAAGGUAUGAGGAUUUUUUUAAUGAGAUUUUCAUUACCCUUUUGUAGUUAAUUAUUGCACAAAAAGUGCUGGGUGUUGUUAGAGUUAUGGCUUUGUAAUGGAUCAGAUCUUUUUCAUUUUAAAGCAGAAGUAUCAGAAAAUGGAAACCUAGAGGAUCUGUUUAAACAGUUUGCAUCACUUAUGCCUUUGAGGGGAUACAAGCUUCUUCAGGUUAGUGAUAUUGUAUGGAGAAGUGGACAGCUCAGGACAACCUUCUCUUGAGCUGUCCAAAAUGAUACUGUUAUCCCUCUAAUGUUUGUUUUUACUCACCCAAUUUUAUUUCUUAUUGUCUUUUUUGUCUUUUUACAGGCAGCUUUCAGAAUUCGAGGUCUCUCAAGGAAACAGCUAGAAAGACUGAAAAGUAAAAAUAUAACUUUAUUGGAGAACGGAUUGUUGGAUGUUCCUCAACAGACCUGGGCACCAGUUCAGACCCUGACUGUGUUUGCAGUUAAAGGUUCCAACUUGCUAUCAUUACAAGAGGUUAAUAUUGCUGCUAAUUAACCCUUUAUAUGUUAAAAGUGACUAAUAUCUAAUUUUUCCUCUUUAGGACCUCCUAAAAACCCUCAGGGCUCUCUGGGUAAAUAUUUCUUAUUCCUUUAAUCUGUUUGUUUACAGUGGGAGUUACUGUCAUCAUGGCUACCAGACAGGUUACGCAUUAAGAGACCUAUUUGCUUGUUCACCACAGACACUGAUGGAUGCAGGUAUUGUGUAAUACCAUAAAGCUGAACUCUUUUGAUGUAUAUAGGAGUCAUAGGCACAGAUAAACUUAUACAGAGUUUAAUGAAGAUUAUUUUCUGUCAAUUUUUAGGUGAUAUAUUUCAAAAGAUUCCUCCUCUCUUUAGGUAUUGAAUGUCUGAAUUAGAGUUUUAUUUUAUUUCAGUAUAAGAACUUUAUACAACAAGUGUGAAGGUGAUGACGAGACAGUUCUUCUAGUCAAAUCAUCUGUUGGUGAGGUGAGAUGUCAAGUUUUGUGUUAAAUCAUCAACUGUGAUGAAAAGUGCAUAUAUCUGGAUCACUUUAUUGUUCUUUGGGCUAUAAUGCCUCCUGUGAUGCCUUCAUUUUAAUGGCCUAAAUCAUCCGGAGCCAAUUACAGAUUUAUUUCUACCUGUGAAAUGGAAUCCUUUCUGAAGGCAUUUAUGUGGUUUCUGUAGCAGAUCAAACAUUCUCUUGAUGUCAAAUUGGCUUAUUAUUAAUUUUGUUGUAUUUAUCAUCCCACAGAUCAUUGGAGGUCUUGUCACAUCCAGCUGGAGUGAGAGAACCACAGGGCCCAGAACUCUUACAUAUUUUGGUACUGGGGAAAGUUUUGUCUUUAGGCUGAGUCCCAGGCCUGUUAGAUAUUUAUGGACAGGACUACAGAAGGAGGGCCCAGGUACCAAGGAUUUGUUUAUGGCUGGAGAUGACAAAUGUCUCAUGAUUGGGGGAGGGUGAGUAAUGACAAUUGUUUUAUGACUAGGGAAGGGUAAGUCAGCUAAAGUGGUAUGGGCAAGAGUAAGGCAGAUGUAGAAAAAUUAUGUGGUGCUUGUCUGAUAUGCCAGACUGAGUUUUUCUUGUUGGUUUGUUUGUUUGUUUCUUUUUAUAACCUUAAACCAAGCACUGUUAUUUUUUCAGGGGUGAUAAUGCCAUUUGGUUAGAUAAUGAGCUUUGUCGGGGACACAGUGGUCCAACUGAGACAUUUGGCAAUGAGCAACUCACUGAGACCCAAGAUUUCCUUUGUGCCAGAGUUGAAGUGUUUGGUUUUGUCCCAGAAAGCUGAUCAGUGCUAAGAACUUCAAUAGCCUGUUAGUUAAUACAUAAAUUUUAGAUAUCACUCAUUCAUAUUAUCAUUUUAAUACUAACACUAAUAUCAGUGGUAUGAUAAUUGUAAGAAUGAAAAAAAGUAGUAUUUACCAACAAAAAGGACACACUUAGUUGUUCCAAAAAUGAUCCACAAAUUUGAAAGUGCCAUUUGGAUCCAAAAUGGAAAAUAAUUUUUAUUGCUUUUUUCAUAAUUGCUUUACCAGGUAAUGCUCAUAGUGAUCCUUCUGGAAUCCUUAAAAUGUUUUGUGCAAACAUCAUGUAUUAUAUUACAUUUCAACUGUAACAAUAUGGCACUAAGGGGGCUUUCUGUUAUAGCAUGUCUAAUUAUGGUAAAUCCAUGCAUUUUUAUGAAGCAAAUCUUAAUGGAAACUCAAAGCUUGAUGUUUAUCAAUAAUUUGUUAAAUGUAUUGAAUUAUAGGAAUUUUUUAAUUAUUUAGUAGGUAUUACACAGUGAUUUCCUGGGCAUAUCUCAAAGAGCUUUCUUGAUUAAUUUUAUGAUGUGAAUUGGGAAAUUGGAUACAGUAAUAUGCUGGAAAUGAAACUUCCUACCAAAUCAUAAUUACUUUUUUUGCAUAAAAUUUACAAAUUGUUUUUAGUUCCAUUUGUCUGAUAUAAAUUUAUGAAAUUGAUACAAGUAUGGAAUAUGAUCUGUAUGGUUGAAAAUUAUUACAGUUUAAUGUGAGAUUAGUUAAUUUUUUAAUUCCUUGCAGCUUUUAGGAAUAUCUGAUCGAAAUACAUGUAAUUCAGUGUUGUUUGAGGGGUUUAUUUUAUAACUGUAGAUUUCAUCACUGAAUUAAAUGCAGUCCAAAACAUGCGACCAUGGUUUAAGGUCCUUUUUAAAUUCUUCGCAAAGGGAUAGUUUUUUUUUUU